AUGGAUGAAUUUCUCUUGCAACAUGCUGAUCGUCACCAGCACCUGAUCAGGCAGUUCCAACCCAAACCAAGGCCCCAUAACGGAGACCCAGUCACUAGUCCCAACAUAGCUGUUGCGACGCGCAUCAGGCCCUUGCUCGAUGAGGAAACGGCUUCCGGUCAGGUCCCUGCGGCUUUUGCGAGGGCUGGCGAGUGUGGAUCUUCUUCGUUCCAUGUCGGGAAAGUGUAUGGCCCCGAUCAAAAUACAGAGUUGAUCUAUGAAGAUCUGGUGCUGCCGCUUCUUCCAUGGGUAUGGGAAGGUCAUGUUGGUACUUUGUUUGCCUAUGGACAGACCGGUUCCGGAAAGACUUAUUCUGUCAGUGGAAUCGAGCGAUUGAUUGCUGGCGCCUUGUUUGAUGGCACCUUAGAAGGGCAGCGUAAACUGUACGUUUCCAUUUUCGAAUUGGCCGGAAAUUCUGCCUUCGAUCUAUUGAAUACCCGUGCGCCGUUCUCAAUACUGGAGGACUCUUUCGGAAAUACUCAGCUGGCUGGGGCAAUCGAGCAUGAGGUCACUAGUACUUCAAAUCUCCUUGCUUUAAUUGAGGAAUCUGCCUCAUUCCGACAAACAGCAUCUACGGAGAAAAAUGAUGGAUCUUCUCGUACGCACGCCAUUUGCCGCAUUAGGGUCCAGAAACCAACACAAAAUCCUCGAGAGGAUGGUGUGCUCUACCUCGUCGACCUUGCAGGCUCAGAAGCCGCGCGUGACAUCUUCAAUCAUUCGGCUGAUCGAAUGAAAGAGACCCGCGAGAUUAACACCAGUCUAUCUACAUUGAAAGAUUGUAUUCGCGGAUUGGCGAACUUGCAAAAUUCCAAGCCUUCCAAGAAGCCCUAUAUUCCUUUCCGACAGAGCACGUUGACAAAGGUUCUCAAACACGUUUUCGACCCCCUGGGGAGUCGCGACUGCAAGACAGCGGUACUGGCUUGUAUUGGUCCGAGCUUCCUGGAUACCGGGGCCACCAAGAACACCCUCCGGUACGCGGAGAUGCUCCGUUCUGCUGAAAUGAAGGUGGUGUCUUCUGGGUACAACCCUGAUAUUCCAUCGACAUGGAGUAACAGAGAUCUGAGAAAUUAUAUCAAGCUCAAAGUGUGUAAUAUAGCCAUCGGUCUCUGCGUUGACUAA